CUCGUCAUUUUCUUGAAGUGAAAUUGAAAGUUAGAGAGGUGUAUAUAUAUACUAAACAGUCAAAUCAGUGUUAUUGUUUUCACAAACAGAGCUACCACCUAUCCGGGCAACAACCCUAUUCCACAUCAAAAAUACUAACAGCCUAAAAGCAACAACACAAAGCAAUGGGGGACGAUUUUGUUGAAGCAUUUUCAAAUAUGAAUUUGCAACAGAAUCGCAGACGCAGACGCAGACACGGUCGCCGGCGAGAAAGACCCAAUAAGCUCUUUAUUCUAAGAGGUCUUCCCGGAUCAGGAAAAUCCCAUUUAGCAAGGGAAAUAAAAAAUCAGUUUGGCUCUGCAGAAAUAUUAAGUACAGAUGACUAUUUCAUAAAUGAAGAUGGAGAGUAUAUAUUCCAAGGAUAUUUAGUGAAACAAGCACAUGCAUGGAACAUAAACAGAGCAAGAAGUGCAAUGGAAGAAGGACUGUCUCCGGUUAUCAUUGACAAUACCAACAUCCAUUUGUGGGAAAUGAAACCAUACGUAUCCAUGGCUCUUGAAUAUGACUAUCAAGUUAUUUUCAGAGAACCAGAAACAAGCUGGAAAUGGAAUGUUAAUAAAUUGCACAGGAAAACUAGAAAUGGGGUCCCUUAUAAGACAAUCGAAAGAAUGCUGGAUGAAUUUGAAGAGGUGUCAAAUAUACACGACGUGAUAAAUUCCGAAAUGCCUCGGAGAUAUAAACCAGGAGAAGUCUACUAGAGGUAGAAUCGCAGAAGUGGAUAUCGACCAAUCAAGCUUUUAUAAUCGAUGAUAAUAGAAACGAUUUUUCAUGUAUGUGGGUUUUUUCUAAAAUGUUUAUUUUUUAUGAAAAGUUUUUUAAAAGGUUUUUUUAAGAACUUGAAACUCCAGCUCCAAAUAAUUCCAACUGAACACAACAAAUGAAUUCAAUAAACUUGCAAGAAAACUCAGAUAUUAAAAAAGGAACUCUAUUAAACUGGAUUGCUAUAGAAGAAAGAAAAGUUAACAAUGAAUUGUAACAUCUUACUAAUUAGAAUUCACUGAAUUUAUAUUCUAAUAUUUACUGACUGGUAUUUACUCAGACAGCUGUCCUGCUUGCUUAUUCAUAUUGUUUACUUGCUGAAGAGCAUUACUGUUUCUAUAGAAAAGAUAUGUGUUGUAACCAUUUGUAGUGUUUAAUCAUCUUUAGUCUGAAAAACAAUGUAUGCGUGUAACCAGAACUAGUGCUUAAUAAUCUUUAGUCUGUAACAUAUAUUGUAAAAUACUAUGUAUACUUUCUAUGUAAAACCAUGUAGUAGAAACUGGUACUGCUUGGUACACUAGCUGACCUCAAGCAGUCUCUUAUCGAGAUAGGCACGGCUCCCAGAAUUGAGUGCCAAAUCUCUGUUAACACAUUUCAGCUUGAAUAUAGAAUGUUGCUGUACUAAAUAGAUGUGUGCUAAUAUGUUUGCUUUAAGUGGUAUAGACUGUUGUGAUAAAAAAAAGGGCUAGGGGUUUAUUAAAAGAGAAAAGGACUAAAAAGAUUUACAAAGGACCAGUACAUUAUUUGACUGGUUAGAAAAUAAAAGCUUGUAAUUUAGUCUUAAGAUAGGUGAACAAGUAAAAUCUGAUUUAAAAUGAAAAGCAGUCUCUGAUUCAAGAAAAAAAAACCAAGUAUUUUAGAAGAUACAUCACAAAAAUGGAACAGAAAAGUUGAAUAAAUAGAAAUUAUGUUGCUGCUGGUAAAAAAGAAUAUAGUUAACAGCUGUAUCCUAUGAGGAGUAAAAUACCUAGUCUAACUCUUAAAAAGAGUUAAAAAGAUAAUGCAGCAUAAAAAAAGAUGUUACGUUUAAAAUACAAAAUAAUAAGAUUGAAUAAAUAUUGAAAUGUAACUUUGAAAGCAAAAGAUUUAGAAAGGUAAACUCUAUGUAACCUGUCUUCCUGAACUUUCUACAAACCUGUCUUUGGAAAGAUCAUUGCUUGGUACAAAGAGGUAUUCAUGGCAUGAAAAGCGGGGAUCCUCUUAUCAAUAAACUUAUGGCGCCAAGGCCAGAAUUAAUGAGGAGAAAUACCUUCUCGUCUUAGAAGAAGGGGGGUUAGAAUAGAAAUGGACUUAUUCCAAUAUAUAUUAAAAAUAGUUAGUUGCCUGGUAGAAAGAAGCACGUAAAGUAAAGGUGUAGAGAUAGGGAACGUUACUAAAAACAUUAAUCACCACUGGAAUUGGCAAAGGAAGAGGUGAUUCCAGCAAACUGGUUUUAGCCAGCUUGUGUACAGCUAAAAAAUAAGAAGUCAUCUGAAGUUCAGCUAAGUUCAGGCUGUUAGAAUUUAUAAGAAAGAGAUACUACAGCCUUGCAACUCAAAUAGAAAAAAUUAGAUUUUCCACGGGGAGAAAACUCUAUACUGAAAAAGACAUAGAUAGGAUGGAAGUUCCCUAUAAUAUCUGCUAAACACACACCUGUAGGGAGAGAAGGAAACUAAUUUGAAAAGAUGAGAUGAUAUCAGGGAAUAUAUUUUUAGAAGCCAGGUUCAUGCAAUCAGUAUAAUCAGAACUGUUGGUGUUGUAUAUAUUCAAACAACACUCAUAUAUUCAAACAACACUCUUUUCUUUGUAAUGCACAUAUAAAAAGUAGUAAGGUAGCAAGGAUCUUGUGAACUCUGCUUCACCCAACUUUUCAGAUAAAGGAGGGGGUCGAGAAAUGAGUGGAUGAGAUCAUGGUCAAGUGUUUUGGAGGGCUAUUUGCCAAAAAAGGCCUGUCUAAAGCAAAUUAAUGAUUGGAUUUGAUUAAGUCUUCCCAUGUAUUCCAAUGGAGAGAGAAUUCUAUAAAAACCUAGAUCUCUCACAAUGUGGUACCACAAUCAAGACUCAGAUACUAUUUGAAAACAGUUCUGUUCUUUUGUUCACGCUACUUGUCCUUGUAAUAGGAGGUAAGCAUAUUAUUAAAAUCAUUGUAUCUUACAUGUAUUGGUUGUAUUGCUAUAAGGUGUUGAAACUAUGUUUUAGUAUUAAGAGGGUGAUGUAUUGAAUGUGCUAAAAUAUAGCAAUGGGUGCUGUCAGCUUUUCGCUUAGCCAGCCUGAGGGCUGCAUAAAUACAUAUAAUUGUAUUAUGUUAUUGAAGUAUUAAUGCUAAGCUUGUAAUAGACUUAGAACUACUAAUUGUUAUUACCUGUUUUUGGAUUUUGGUGGUAUGCGCAAACUACUAAUCCAGUAUUAAAAGUAUUUUAAUAAAC